UUUGCCGACGGAUCUAUGCAACAUGACAUGAGUAGUCAUUUGUCCGCUCUCACGAUAAUUUAUUUACUCGCUCCUUUCGCCAUCGAAGCGCAUCAACAAUAUGAUAUUACAUACUUGUAUGCACAUCAUGUUCGUUCUGGUUCUUUUAAUAUUCACAACAUUGGUACAAACUUUGGCUGAACAAGAAUUUUUUUUAUAAAAAAUGCACGAUAACAUGUUAUAAAUAUGGGGAUGAAUUUUCCCUCAGAAGUAGAGACAAAGAUAGAGGACAGUAUCCUUUAAACCUUAGGCAUGAAACGUUCAAGCGGACAUAACGAUUUCGAAUGGGCCGUCAGUAUAAAUCGGCUCAUGUUAAGAAUCGCUGGUUUAUGGCCGCCAGACAACCAUGACACUCGUGAGGCAAUAAAAUCGAAAAUACGAUUACUGUACAGUUUUAUCAUGGUAAUUAUCAUACUGGCAAUACCGGCUUUAAUAUCACUGAUAAGGGUUUGGGGUGACAUGAUUUUAAUGAUAGAAAAUUUACAAUACACUCUACCAAUUAUGGGAACGAUAUUCAAAAUCUGCAUUCUUUGGCAAAAACAAAAAGAUUUACAAACCAUAGUUGAUAUGAUCGCUACAGACUGGUUGAAACCGAAGACAGAAGUGGAAAAAGCCGUAAUGUUAAAACGUGCAAGGAUUAUACGCAUAAUGGCCAUGUGCGGAUUUUCCGGCGCACUUUUGACAAUAGUAAUUGCUUUCGGUUUUACGUGUUUCGAGCUGAUAUUCAAGGACAUGACAAACUUGACUGAUUCUGGAAAAUCAUUGCCCCUACCAUUGCAUUACUUGUACGAUGUUUCCAAGAGCCCGCAGUAUGAAUUGACACUACUGGCGCAAGGAUUCACGACUGUCACAUGUGGUUGUUCUUAUACGGGAGUCGAUCAGUUUCUCGGAUUAUUAGUUUUGCACGUAUGUGGUCAACUGGAAAACCUACAUUUUAGAUUGACACAUAUGGAUAAGUAUGCAAAUUUCAUGGCUGCUUUGCAGUACAACGUCCAGGACCACGUCCGCUUAAUCAGAUCUAUCGAAAUUAUUGAUCAUACCUUUGAUUCAAUGCUGCUCAUCCUGCUACUUUAUUUCGCCAUAUUAUUCUGCUUUCAAGGAUUCCUCAUAGUUGACGUUGUUAAUCAAAAGGGCCAAUUGUCAUUGAAACAAUUGAUUUGGAUCGUUGCUGCGAUCGUAUAUAUUUUGAUGCACAUGUGCCUUUAUUGCGUUGUUGGAGAAAUUCUCGUGAUACAAUCUGAGAAAAUAUAUCAAGCUACGUACGAAUAUCCGUGGUAUAAUAAGGAACCAAAAGUAGCGAAAAGCUUAAUGCUAAUUAUGCUUCGCGCGAGUAAACCACUUCAAAUUACAGCCGGGAAAACAUUCCCUAUGACAAUGGCAACGUUUUGCAACUUAUUGAAAACUUCAGCAGGAUAUAUAUCGGUGCUACUUGCCAAUCAAGACUGAUAGAUAUAUUUUAUACUCAGAACAUAAUCUUUCAGUAAUAACACAAUAAAUAAUUAACAAUCUAAUAAGUAACAUACAAUGUAGGCCCAUUAUAAAAGACUUUAGACACUGAUUUCCUAUGAACUAUUAUAGAGAGCGGCAAAAUGUAACAUGUUUUUAAUAGAAUGUAUCAAAAAUAUAAAACAAUGUGCGU